AUGGAGUUUGAAGUCGCGCACGUCACAGCGCUCGCCGGCGGCGAGGCGCUCCUUCCGUGCGACCUGUCCCCGGACAACGACUCGGUGGCGCUGGUGCUGUGGUACAAGGACGCGCUGCCCACGCCCGUCUACUCGGUGGACGCCCGACGAGGGGACGUGUCGCAGGCGCGACACUCGUCCAUCGCCUGGGGAACGCGCGCCUACUUCGUCACCCAGCCGACGCCCGGACUGCGGCUGCAGGCUCUCGCCGUGACGGACUCGGGCGUGUACAGGUGCCGGGUCGACUUCCGCAAGGACCGGACGCGCAACCACGAGAGCUCGCUGCUUGUCAUCGAACCACCAGGCACCCCUGUGAUAAGGGAGGCCGUCGGCGACCGGGAGCCUCUUCGGAGUCUCAUCGGUCCCUACAAUGAAGGGGACAGUUUGGCGCUUGUGUGCGACGUCGAGGGUGGCGUUCCCGAGCCCAGCGUCACCUGGUGGCGAGAGAGCGUGCCGCUGGAGAGCGUCCUCACCGAGCACCGGCCGGGCGUCCGCCGCAGUGCGCUCGGGCCGUUCGUUCUGCGUCGCCAGGACCUGAUGGCUGUGCUGGUGUGCCAGGCAUCGAAUUCCAACCUGACAUCGCCGCUCACGACGUCUGUGACACUUGACAUGAACUUCCGUCCGCUAGAGGUGAGCGUGGAGGCGGUGAGCCCCACGCUGGAAGCCGGCAAAACGGGCUGGCUUUCGUGCCGCGCCGUCGGCUCGCGCCCUCGAUCGCGCAUCACGUGGUUACUGGGCGAUCAGGUGCUCACCGGGGCUCGACAGAACGAGUCGCUGGACGGCAACGUGACCCUCUCGUGGCUCGCGCUUCGCCCAACUGCGCGACAUCACGGACGCAUGCUCCGUUGCCGGGCCGACAACGACCUGAUCCCCGGCUCGGACAUCUUCGCCGAGUUCAGGCUGCAGGUGCUUUUCCCACCGAAGCUCACGCUGCGCCUCGCGUCUAGCCUGCGACGCUCACAGCUGCGCGAGGGUCAAGACGUCUACCUGGAAUGCGUUGUCGAGGCGAAUCCUCCGGUCUCCGAUGUGAGCUGGUGGUUCGGCGACCGUGAGCUGUUCACCGACUCCACGGGAGGCGUCCUCGUCAACAACCGAUCAUUAGUGCUUCAGAAGGUGCGGCUCGACGCCAGAGGGCCCUACAGUUGCAGCGCCGCGAAUUCGCAAGGACAGGGUUCCAGCAACACGCUCUUCCUGAACUUCCAUUAUGCACCUGUUUGCCGCCGCGGGCAACCGCAAGUGUACGGCGCGGCAUCCAACCAGCCAGUGCGGGUCAAUUGCGAGGUGCAGUCGGAGCCGGCUCCAACGUCGUUCCACUGGCGACUGGGCAACGAGUCACUGACCAACUUCACUAGUUUAGGCCACUCGAGUCAUGUGACCUUGGUGCCCCGCCGCAUACCCCAGGAUCUCACUAAGCGGCUGCUUUGCUGGGCCACCAACGACGUUGGCACACAACGUGAGCCAUGCGCUUUCAGCCUGGUGCCCGCGCGAGACCCGGAGACUCCGCGCAACUGCAGCCUACACAACCGAACCGCUAGUGCGUUCGCCGUAGAAUGCGAGCCAGGCGAUGACGGCGGCAUGCCACCUGUGUACGUGCUUCAGGUGCUCGACCAGUUCAACAGGAGCGUGCUUCAAGCGAAUGCCUCGGACCGCCCAGCCUGGACUGUGAGCGGCUUGAACAGCGGCACUCGCCUGUCGGUCAUGCUAUACGCCGUGACGUCGAAAGGCCGAAGCGCGCUCACCUUGCUUCGCAUCAAGACACUGGCUGGCUCCCAGUCCCUGACCGAACCCCUGUGGUCGGGCAGCCUCAGCCCGAUUUUAGUGGCACUCAUCGCUUGCGCCGUCGGACUGGUAGCCAUCGUGUUUCUCGUCACAGUACUGCUACGCUACCGCAGCGCCAAGGAGAGACACAAGCCGGAACCAAUCAAGGGAGAUGACGAAUUACAAAUCGCCCCUCUUCACCAGUACCCUGAUGGCGUGUUGAAACUCCGAAGUCCUCAGAGCGAAGAAAAGUGCCCGGAUGUUGUGCUUGAUGUCAGUGGCAGCGACGAGCGGCUCAAGGAAGAAGAGGAUCGCCCGUCUGAAGCCGUGCGGUGGAAAGGCUGGACAGAAGCUGAUGCUGAACACGACAAAGCGAUGCUCGGACGAUCUCCGCUGCAGGAAUACCAGUCCAAGAACGGAGGGCAGACUCGAGCUGUGCUGAACGAGCCGGUCUCCACUGUGGUCUCCACUGUGGUCCCCACGCCUGUGGCCGCUCCUGCCGUCGCCGUUCCCCCCGCACUGUGCGCCGAGACAACUGUGGACGAAGUGUCAGAGUGUGUCGUGGUCCCGCCUCCACUCAAGUAUCGCCAGACAAUAGUGUGAGAAGCGACGAUGACGUGCGACGCUGUUCGUCCCGUACUAUGUGACACCGCAUGUGCUGUUGCUCCAGCCAGUGACACAUCCGCCUCGGCAGAAAGUGUCAAACUGAACUGAAGCCAGGAGCGAGCCACGACGAAAGGGCAGCAAGUGACAGCGCCAUCCUCACUUCCAGGAGAGUGCUGCAAAUGUGCUUAAAAACGUGAACUCGUUACUCUCGCUUCAGCGGUCGGUCGCGCGAGUGGUCGCCGUUUUGCGAAAUCUGACUGUCCGCAUUGGUUACCUUCUUCCGAGAUCCAGUGGCGUUCGAUGCAGUAAGUGCAACAUGUGUCAGAAGGUCACCGCAUAAGCCCGAAUUGAAUUCCGUGUCGUUGAGCCCUCCGCGGAAUCGUCCCGAGCACGAGAGCAGUGUACGCUACAUUGCGUUCGACCUAUGUAUUCGGGGAACCAACUGGACACAAGAAACUUUACGCACUGCGGUGCACACGAGCGGAAUAUUUGUUCCUCGCGCCACUAGUUGCCCAAAACGUUGGCACAACCUGUCGAUAGCACAGAACUUUAUAAAAGCAUUGCUAAGCAAGAAAUUACGCGCACAAAUCGCUGAGCUACUUUUGAGGUUAUAACUAGUACUCGGGCCGAGUUUUCUACCGUUUGGCACUGCUUCGUUCAGAAAGACCAACAUAGGCACCUUCGUUAUUUGUUUAGGCGAAGUUUUGCUGUCUAUUAAGUCUAUUGACUUAUAUUUCUUUUAAUGAAAUGAAUAAAUAUAUAAAUAAAUAAAUAAAUAAAUAAAUGUAGUCACUAAACAGCUAUACCAAAUAACGGUACUCAUUGUCAGGCAAACAACACAUUCAAGUGUUAACUGUAUCUCUAGUAAAUAUAAGCCAGGAAGAACAAGGAGCCCCGAGCGCGUGUUAAGCCGGCACCAAAUUUAUACAUAUCAUUAACUUCUUGUUAAUCCUAUAGUUAUUCACCAGGCUGAGAAAUAACGCGUCCAUAAAUAACGCGGGCGGCUUCCAUUUCUUUUAAUGUUACGAAGAAAAAAAAUAUUGGGUUUUACGUGCCAAAACCGCGAUCUGAUUAUGAGGCACGCCUUAGUGGGGGACUCCGGAAAUUUCGACUACUUGGAGUUCUUAACCUGCACCUAAAUCUAAGUACUACAAGUGUGUCUUUGCAUUUUCGAAAUGUGGCCCCCGUGGCCGGUAUUCGAUCCCGUGACCUCGUUCUCAACAACCUGGCACCAUAACCACUAAGCAACCACGGCGGGUAUUCUUCUAAUGUCCGUGAGCGCUACGUAUUGUAAGGCACGAAUGGGAACGACGUACUAUUUGGAUAAAUCUGGCUAGCGAGCGAGUUUUCUCAAACCAACCCCCUCUUGAACAUGGCGCAAACACAACUCGGCGUGCACUGCUGCCGUGUUCUAGAUAAGUAGGAUGGGGGCUGUAAUAUUGCCUAAGGCGCUUCCCGAUGGAACUUGCGGGAGGCGGAGAGAUAUACGUCGUUGUGAUGAUGGCUUCAGUGGUACAAAAAAAAAAAUGUGUACGCUAGGUGGCCCAGGGUGCGCCCAGCCGCGAGGUAUACUAGCUUUAUCUUUAGUAAUUCACAAUUACCGCGUUUCUAACAACCAAGACUUGUCUUGAGAAAUCUUGGACACACGCCAGACCGAGCAUUCAGGUGGUCUCCCUGACAUACAGAAUUUGUGACAUUAAAAGGUGAAGUCCAGAUUAAAGAUGUGGUGAGGAGCCACGCGAAACCCACUUUUGCUUAGGUAACGUCAAGCUCGGUCUGCCUCUGGCAUUUAUUACGAUCGUUCAGAGCUGGCACACUGUCGCAACACAUGAUCUUUAUGGGUCGAACAUCCAGCAACCUGUUAAAUAGCUCUUAUACUGGCCCCCCGGCUUGAUAUUCGCAAGACUCACCGCAUGACCAGAGAAGUGGGAACUUGUGAUGGGACCGGUUUCAACUAAUGAGAGACCCAUGCUUUCAAGAUUGCGGUUGCUACUACUUGCCAUGUAUGAAAGAUGUAGAUACAAGAAUCUUCAAUGCGGUUGUGACAUGGAGGAGUGGUGAGUAAAUGAUACUUUUCUAAAGCUCAAACAUUAACUAUUACUAUCAAAUCUCUAAUGGGGCAGAUCACAAAUUGAUAUUGUAAUCUACUUCCGGGGUCCUAACUGGAAUGGUGCGUUUCCUGUUGAGAUUAUAAAAAAAGAACAGAGGCAAGUGUUGCAACUUUUGUGGGCGUUUCAUUUGCUUCACUAAUUCAUGAUGCCAACAGAGAAUAAACCGGAAUCAAAUAUUGUAACGGAGAUAAAUGUUCCCGAUACUGAAUCAUAGGCACAGUUCAAAUUUACGUGUUGCUUGCGAGCCUUAAUUAAAUAAUUUGGCUGUUCUAUUCGAAUGUUCCCUCCCAAAAUGCUGAUUAAUGACGUAUAAGCUUGCCCACGCUACGUUCACUGUUUUGUUUUCCACUUCUUUAUGGAGUGGCCCCAUGAAUACUUAAAAGCGUACAACGGCAGAUGAGAACCGCGCCAGUCGUUAAAAGGCUCCGUUUAAACUAGAGUCUGUUCUAUUUCUGCCUAUUACUUGAACAAACGGCGUGCCAUUAAAAAGUGAAAUAUACUACAGCAAUGAAAAAGAAUGCAAGGAACUUGAUGACGCGCUCGUAAAGAAAGAAAGCUCGACAAACAGUAAACACUGACAUGCGCUAUUUUUUCCAAAUGGUUUCUGGGCUAGUGUUUUAGUGUUGGAUUUUCUUCGAGAACCGCGCACACUGUUUUCAGGCAGCAAGUUCAAAUAAUGAGAAUUUGUUAAAUUAUGCUUGUUUUUGUUUGCAUCUGGGAAUAGUAUAGCAAUACGUGCACUAUUUCGAGUAAAUCCCGAUGCAUUAAGUCAUCAGCGUGUUUCUUAAAAUGGACGGCACAGCCAAAACAAAAUUUCAGGCAUCAGCAAACGUUUCAAUGCUCAUGUUGGACUCUAGCUUUAAACACAACUCAGGUCGAAGGAAGUAAUUUCCUUGUAUAGGCGGCAUCAUCAUUAUACCUGUCCGCUGCAAUGCGAAAUCGCGUGGAAUGUUGCGCCAUUGUUCCCGGCCUUUUAAGACGACGCCGUGGGAAUCGUGGAUCAGUGUGAAGCGAAACACACUGCCUGUACAGUAAGCUGUGUUAAGACUGUUGUGACGUUUUCCUUAUUACUAGCAACCUUGAGGCACUGUGAUAUCACGAUUGACGGCGACAAGAGUGAAUGAAGACGGCGCGAGGUGGACGUUGUUGUGCUUGACGCUUGGACACACUGUUAGUAUUACGUUGUCCGGCCUCGAGUCUGUCUCGGUCUGUCUGUCUCCUUUUGUUUUCUUUUCGCAAAAUGUGCUCUAUCUAGUUUCGGGAUAUCUCUCUGAUGUUAGAAAUAAACUUCAAAUUUCUGCUUG